AUGCCAAGCCUUGACUAUACAUCCUUCCCGCACCUCUUCGAAGCCGUCAUCGACCAACUCAUCCUGGAACGCGACCAUGCCUCACUCCGCGCCGUCUACUCCACAUCCCACCUCGCUCAACACAUCGUGUAUGAGAAGGUUGGCCGACACCAGAUGAUCGACUUUCGCGUCAAGCCUACCAGAGCCGGUUCGACCGUUGGAGCACUGUGGAACCCGGCUCACAAGUUUGUCAAGGCUCGCGGCACCGUCCUGGAUAUCUACGCCGGCCCCGAGAAGUCUACGUACCCUCUUCUGCCCGGGUUUCAAAGGAUGGUCGAUGCCGCUGCUCCCGACGUUGUUCGCCUUAUGGACCAUUACGAAUAUUACGAAAGCGAAGACACGCUGUCCUCUGCGAAGCCGAUCGAUACUGUCGUGCUCCAAGCCCAGAACUGGAUCUCGAACGACAGUUGGAAUCCACUGGAUGAUUUCUGGUUGCCCCUGCUUCCGCCCACCGCCAAGCGCAUUGUGAUCAACAUCCGGGGUUGUGCCGCGUAUGGCUUCCCGGUCCUCCAGUUCCGCCGCAACGGGUACGACCCCUCCGCAGAGCAGGAGGUCAUCAUCCUGGUGUCACACGACUGCACACCUCCCGCCGACACACGAGUUCUGAGGGGCACAGACGACUGCCUCAAGAUCCUCAUCGAGAGUCUGGGCGAGGGCACUUUCCUCUUGCUCAGGAGCCAGCCCAAGUCCACCGUCCUCAUCGUCGAUGCCGAGAGCUCGGAGAUGAGUCUUAACCGAACCCCGUUGACAGCGCAACCAUCGCCGCUGUGUCUCGGCAUGCAUGUCCUGAGCAAGAUGUGCGAACGGGCCAUGGUCUACUCGGCGGCCGGGGAGUGGAGGCCCACCUUCGAAGAGGUGGAGUCUCGGUGUGGUCGUGUCACAUUCGACACCGUGGAGAGGUUCAAGGACCGUGUUGGCGAGGCCAUGUUCCGCCUCAUGACCGAAGAGGACGUCUACGUCGGCGAGGGUUUCUAA